AUGCCCCCAAGACCGCCGCCAAAGCCCGCCAAUAGAGGAGAGGGGAAGCCCCCGGCACCAGGUGCGCCUCCAAGGCCACCAACUAAUGUCCGGCCUCCUCCUGGACGGCCCACUACCGGCCCAUUACCGCCUCCUAACAAGAAGCCAAGGAAUGGAACUAGUGUUCCUCCUCCGCCACCGGGCCUGAAAACCAAUGGUUCACGCCCUCCACCACCGCCAGGAAUGCCUGGAACACGAAAACCAGUGUCAAAGGAGCCCGAAUUGCAAUCGAGAUCACAAAGCUGGCUCCAGUUACAAAAACGUCGUUACAGAGAGAGUAAGCUCAGAUCGCAUGGAGUGGUUCAAACCAAAAAGAUUGAGAUGCCCAAAGAACAUCUUCGAAAAAUCCUUCACGAACAGGGUGACCUUUCGUCCAAGAAGUUCUCACAAGAAAAAAGAUCGAUUCUCGGUUCGCUCAAGUACAUGCCCCAUGCGAUAUUGAAACUUUUGGAAAACAUGCCUCAACCAUGGGAAGCCGUGAAAGAGGUGCGGGCAGUUUACCAUAUGAGCGGUGCAAUCACAUUCGUGGACGAAAUUCCACGAGUUAUCGAACCUGUUUAUAUUGCACAAUGGGCGACUAUGUGGUUACAAAUGAGACGAGAAAAAAAGGCCAGAAGACACUUCAAACGUAUCAGAUUUCCUGUAUUUGAUGAUGAGGAGCCUCCGAUGAAUUUCAGUGAAAAUAUUGAAGACAUUGAGCCACUUGAUGGUAUCCAAAUGGAACUAGAAGAUGUUGAAGACUUACCAGUGACAGACUGGUUUUACGACGAGAAACCGCUUGUCGAUGAUAGAGCACAUGUCAAUGGACCGUCCUACCGUCGGUGGAAGCUCGAUCUUGACGUUAUGGCCACGCUUUACCGUUUAUCCACGCCUUUGAUGGACGAUCUCUUUGACCCUAAUUACCACUAUUUAUUUGACAACGAGUCGUUCUUCACUGCCAAGGCUCUGAACGUUGCUCUUCCUGGUGGACCCAAAUUUGAGCCUCUACAGAAAGAUAUCAACCCGGAAAACGACGAUUUCAGUGAGUUCAACAGUCUGGACAGAAUCAUCUUCAGGAAUCCAAUCAGAUCUGAGUAUCGUGUUUCCUUCCCACAUUUGUACAAUUCAGCAGUGCGCGGAGUGCAUUUGGCAUGGUAUCACUACAACAGCGUGGUGUUUUCUCGCAAAGAGGACCCGGAGCUUCCUGCAUUCCAUUUCCAGCCAAAUUAUAAUCCUGUCACCCCCAAAAAAGAUGUUAUUGUCGACACCGAUUUCGCGUCUGAUGGUACCUUCGAGAUAGACGUUGAGCCAUUCUUUGAGGACCAAGAGAUUGAGCCUGAGAAUACUUAUGAAUCGAUAGAAUUGCUUUGGGCACCAUAUCCAUUCAAUAAAAGAAGCGGACGAACUGUUCGUGCAGAGGACGUUGCACUCGUGAAAGAAUGGUACUUACAACAUACCUCGCGUGAUUAUCCGGUCAAAGUGCGUGUUUCGUAUCAGAAGCUGUUGAAAUCGCACGUUGCAAAUGAACUCCACCGGUCUGUUCCAAGCACACAGGCCAAGACAAAACUCAUCAAGGAGCUGAAAAAUACGAAGUUCUUCCAACAAACCACGCUGGAUUGGGUGGAAGCGGGUCUCCAGGUUUGCCAACAGGGAUACAACAUGUUGAAUUUGAUGAUUCAUCGUCGCGGACUGACGUAUUUGCAUUUGGACUACAAUUUCAAUUUGAAGCCAACUAAAACGCUAACAACCAAAGAACGUAAGAAGUCUCGGUUUGGUAACGCUUUCCAUUUGAUACGAGAGAUUCUGCGAGUCAUGAAGUUAAUUGUUGAUGCGCAUGUUCAAUUCCGGCUCGGAAACGUUGACGCUUUCCAGCUCGCAGACGGUAUCUACUACGCUUUGAACCAUCUUGGGCAGUUGACGGGUAUCUACCGUUACAAGUACAAAGUUAUGCACCAGAUCAGAGCUUGUAAGGACUUGAAACACGUUGUUUACUACAGAUUCAACGCUGUUAUUGGAAAAGGACCAGGUUGCGGAUUCUGGCAACCGGCCUGGCGUGUGUGGAUCUUCUUCAUGAGAGGAAUUGUGCCACUUCUGGAACGUUGGCUUGGAAACUUGCUUUCUCGUCAAUUUGAAGGAAGACAGAGCAAAGAAGUGGCGAAGACAAUCACCAAACAAAGAGUCGAUUCUUAUUACGACUUGGAGCUUCGUGCUGCCGUUCUUCACGACAUUCUCGAUAUGAUACCUGAAGGUAUCAAACAGAAUAAGAGCAAGGCUAUUUUGCAACACUUGAGCGAAGCAUGGAGAUGUUGGAAGGCCAAUAUUCCAUGGAACGUGCCAGGUAUGCCUGAACCAAUCAAAAACAUCAUUGAAAGAUACGUCAAGGCAAAGGCAGAUGGAUGGAUUUCUGUUGCGCAUUAUAACAGACAGAGAAUCAAGGCUGGAGCAGCUGUUGAUAAAGCUGUUGCAAAAAAGAAUCUUGGCCGUCUUACCAGAUUAUGGAUCAAGAACGAACAGGAGAGACAGCAGACUUUCCAGAAAGAAGGUCCAUACGUGUCUCCAAAAGAAGGUGUGUCUGUUUAUAUGACGAUGGUCCAUUGGUUAGAAAGCCGGAAGUUUGUUCCAAUUCCAUUUCCUCCAGUGAACUACAAGCAUGACACCAAGAUUCUCAUUCUUGCAUUGGAAAAUCUCAAGGAAACGUACAAUGGAAAAGGAAGAUUGAAUUCUUCGGAAAGAGAAGAGCUGGCACUUAUUGAGCAGGCUUACGAUAAUCCUCAUGAGUUUUUGGCUAAUAUCAAGAAAACCAUUCUGACGCAGCGGAAUUUCAAAGAAGUUUCGUUAGAGAUGAUGGAUUAUUACAGCCACAUUGUGCCUGUUUACGAUAUCGAGCCAUUGGAGAAGAUUGUUGAUGCUUACCUUGAUCAGUAUCUGUGGUACGAGGCCGAUAAAAGAGGAUUAUUUCCAAACUGGGUCAAGCCAAACGACGGUGAGAUACCUCCUUUACUUGUUUACAAAUGGUGUCAGGGAAUUGCCAAUCUUGAUGAUGUUUGGGACUAUUCCCAAGGCCAGUGCAACGUGAUGUUGCAGACUAAUCUCAACAAGUUAUCGGAGAAGGUGGAUUUCACCUUGUUGAAUCAACUUUUGCGACUGAUAGUUGACUCGAGCAUUGCAGACUAUUUGACAGCUAAAAACAACGUUGGAAUCACUUUCAAGGACAUGAACCACGUCAACCAGUAUGGUCUUAUCCGUGGGUUACAGUUCUCGUCAUUUAUUUUCCAAUACUACGGAUUAAUGGUUGAUUUGCUUUUACUUGGCUUAGAAAGAGCUUCAGAGUUAGCUGGUCCACCACAACGUCCUAAUGAAUUUUUGGAAUACACAGAUGUGCAAACUCAGACCAAGUCUCCUAUUCGAAUCUACUCCAGAUAUGUUGAUAAGGUACAUAUCUUUUUCCGUUUCUCACAAGACGAGGCUGACGAGCUGAUCCAGGAGUUCUUGGCCGAGAACCCUGAUCCGAACUUUGAGCACAUUGUUGGCUACAACAAUCGUCGCUGUUGGCCUCGAGACUCGCGAAUGAAACUCAUGCGGCACGAUGUUCAUCUGGGAAGAGCUGUUUUCUGGGAAGUCCAAGGCCGUGUUCCUGAAUCCAUCGUCUCUAUUGAUUGGGAGGACACACUUGCUUCCGUUUACUCGAAAGAUAAUGCCAAUAUUCUAUUUACAAUGUGUGGUUUUGAGGUCCGGAUCUUGCCAAAAAGCAGAAUGGCGGAAGAUACCAGUUCAAAGGAAGGUGUCUGGGACCUGCUUGACGAAAAUACCAAGGAGAUUGUUGCCAAAGCUUUCCUCCAAGUUUCCCAGGAAGCUGUGGAGGAGUUCAACAAUAGAGUCCGGCAAAUUCUCAUGUCGUCCGGUUCCGCUACAUUUACCAAGGUUGCAAGUAAGUGGAACACGACGCUGCUGUCAAUGUUUGCUUAUUACAGAGAAGCUGUCAUUUCGACAGAAUCUCUUCUGGACUGCAUAGUGAAGGGAGAAACCCGGAUUCAGACGCGGAUCAAACUCGGUUUGAAUUCCAAGAUGCCUUCAAGGUUCCCUCCAGCUGUGUUCUACACGCCGAAAGAAUUAGGAGGCUUGGGAAUGUUGAGUGCUUCGCACAUUUUAAUUCCUGCUUCCGAUUUGCGCUGGUCGAAGCAGACGGAUACCGGAAUUACGCAUUUCCGGUCCGGAUUGUCGCAUGAGGACAAUAGACUCAUUCCAACUAUUUACAGAUACAUCACGACAUGGGAGAAUGAGUUCCUGGACUCGCAGCGUGUGUGGUCGGAGUUUGCAAUGAAGAGAGCCGAAGCCGAACAACAGCGUCGGAGACUCACUUAUGAAGACCUGGAAGAAAACUGGGACCGAGGUAUUCCGAGAAUUAGCACGCUUUUCCAAAAAGACCGGCAAACCCUGGCUAUUGACAAGGGUUUCCGGGUUCGGAAAGAGUUCAAGCAAUUUUCCGUGACAAGAAACAAUCCGUUUUGGUGGAUUUCUGAUCGUCAUGACGGAAAACUGUGGAACCUAAACGCUUACCGUUCGGAUGUGAUCCAAGCAUUGGGCGGAAUUGAGACGAUUCUUGAGCACACUUUGUUCAAAGGAACGGGGUUCGAGUCAUGGGAAGGAUUGUUCUGGGAGAAAGCAUCAGGAUUUGAAGACACUUUGAAAUUCAAGAAACUCACUAAUGCCCAGCGUUCUGGACUGUCGCAGAUUCCUAACCGUCGGUUUACUCUGUGGUGGUCUCCAACGAUCAACAGAGCCAACGUUUACGUUGGAUUCUUGGUCCAGCUCGAUUUGACGGGUAUCUUCCUUCACGGAAAGAUUCCAACUCUCAAGAUCUCGUUGAUCCAGAUCUUUAGAGCACAUUUGUGGCAGAAAAUCCACGAGAGUCUGGUGGUUGAUCUUUGUCAGGUUCUGGAUUCCCAGUUGGACGAGUUGCAGAUUGACAGCGUUGAGAAAAUGGCCAUUCAUCCAAGAAAAUCGUACAAGAUGAACUCUUCUGCUGCAGAUAUUCUGUUGACGAGCUCGUACCAAUGGAACUGCAGCCGCCCAUCUCUACUGUUCGAUACCAACGACCAGAUGAACGUGGUCAAGUCCGACAAGUUCUGGCUUGAUGUGCAACUUCGUUACGGUGACUACGACUCUCACGACAUCUCCAGAUACUCUAGAGCAAAAUUCCUCGAUUACACCAGCGACGCAAUGACAACGUAUCCUAGUGCGACUGGGCUGCUUGUUGCUGUUGAUUUGUCGUACAACAUGUACGAUGCUUACGGUAACUGGUUCCCUGAGCUGAAGCCUCUUAUCCAGAACGCAAUGAAGACCAUCAUGAAGAUGAACCCCGCUCUUUACGUGCUGCGUGAGAGAAUCCGCAAAGGAUUGCAGUUGUACCAGGCUCAACCACAGGAAGCGUUCUUAUCGUCCAGCAAUUAUGCCGAGCUUUUCAACAACGACAACAAGCUGUUUGUGGAUGAUGUGAAUGUUUACCGUGUUGUUACUCAUAGCACUGUGGAAGGAAAUACCGCUGCUAAAUGUCUGAACGGAGCGCUGUUCAUACUGAACCCAAGGACCGGUCAGCUGUUCUUCAAGAUCAUUCACAGCUCUGCUUUCCAAGGACAAAAGAGACGUACACAGUUAUCCAAGUGGAAGUCUGCUGAAGAGGUUGCCGCGCUCGUGCGGUCUCUUCCACGUGAAGAGCAGCCUAAACAGCUGAUCAUCACCAGAAAGGGAAUACAGGACCCGUUGGAGGUGCAUAUGCUCGACUUCCCAAACAUCCAGAUUCGUCCUUCAGAGCUACAUCUUCCGUUCGGCGCUGCAUUGAAGAUUGACAAGCUGCUGGACCUCGUCAACAUGGCCAAGGAGCCGCAGAUGGUGCUCUUCAAUAUUUACGAUGACUGGACAAAGACGUGUUCUUCGUUCACGGCAUUCAACAGACUGGUUGUGUUGAUGCGUGCGCUGGAGAUCAACAAGGACCGCACAAAGCUGAUUCUGCGGCCGGACUCCUCGAUCGAGACCAAACCGCACCAUCUGUGGCCAACUCUGACCGACGAGCAGUGGAAGAACGUGGAAGCCCAGUUGGCGGACUUGAUUUUGAGCGACUACUCGUCCAAAUACAACGUGGACAUCAACUCUCUCACCGACACGGAGAUCAGAGACAUUAUUCUUGGUCAAGAUAUUCGUGCCCCUUCGACGAAGCAGCAGACCGUUGCCGAUAUUGAAGGCUCUGGCGAUCCAAACUCGCAGCUGACUGCCGUGAAGACAGAAACUACCAACGUUCACGGCGAAAAAAUCACCACGGUCACCACAACGAACCACGAGCAGGCCCGGUUCGAGUCGCGUGCUGACUGGCGGGUGCGUGCGAUCUCGAGCAGCAGCUUACACUUGCGCGCCAACAAGGUGUUUGUGUCGUCUGGCGACUUUGCAGACACAGACAGCUACGCUUACGUGAUGCCCAAGAACCUGCUAUCCAAGUUCAUCAAGAUGGGCGAUGUGCGUACGCACGUUGCAGCGUACAUGUUUGGCCGGUCGCCGGCAGACAAUGAUCAGGUGAAGGAAAUUGUGAGUCUUGUUGUUGUUCCGCAGGUUGGAGACAGUCACCGUGUAGAGUUCCCAUCGCUGCUACCAAACUCUAGCUACUUAGAGGAUCUGGAGCCUUUGGGAUGGAUCCACACGAUUCCAUCGGGAAAACCGAGCGAGGGAGACGACUGUAUGGAGUUACUUACCCAUUGCAAGCUGAGUUCGCAGUUCCAGUGGGACGCCAAGGCCACUGCGGUGGAGGUGUCUUUCACUCCAGGGUCUGUGACUGUUUCGAGCGUGGCACUGACAAAAGACGGUCUGGAUUGGGGAAACCAACACCAGGACGCGCUGGGGUCGAACAUUUCUGUGCCUGACUACUCAGAUUCGUUCCGAAAGACCACACCGCUGAUUCUCACGGACAAAUUGAAGGGCUUCUUUCUGGUGCCCGACACAGACCUGUGGAAUUACUCGUUCAUGGCGAACGCGUGGACCGAGGAGAUGGAAUUCGAGCUGAAAUUGGACAACCCAAUUGCGUUCUACCACGAAUUGCACCGGCCGUUGCACUUCUCGCUGUUCAACCAGGCCGAAACCGCUCUCGAAGCUGGCCAGGAAAACCCGUUUGCCUAG